AUGGCAGCAAUCCUUUUCAGGUGCUCGGCCUCCGAAGCGAUGCAGAGGACGACGAUGUACGACCGGCCUUUCGCCAGUUGGCCAAGAUCUACCACCCAGACGUGCCGGAGACGGGCGACGAGCAUCGCUUCCGCCGCAUCUCUUGGGCAGCCGAGGAGCUCUCGACUGCAGCGGGCAGGCGACAGUGGCGGGCUGUGGUUGCAGGCAUCAAGCCGGCGAGGCACCAGGAGGCUGCCGACUUUCCAACACAAGCCGAAGCUCCCUUUGGUGAAUAUGCGUCUUGCCUGCACGUGCCAUUCCAGAACGACCCGAUCGUCUUUUGAUCGUUUGGGUGUGGAGAGCAAUCCAGUGCAGCGGGACCGAAUGCGCGGUCACAGUCUGCUUGACUUGUUCGAGAUUCUGGACGUUGCAGAGUCACUGGAGGACGAUGCCACGUGGAUCAAAGAGAAGUUUCUUUGUUUUCGACCUGGGCUCUGCCAGCCCGAGGCGUACCAAGAAGAGGCAGCCUCUCGAGGCUUCUGGCGUGACGACCAGAUUGUGGUGGACAAGGAUGGGAUCCCCCACUACACGGGGGUGCUGCCGGGCCUCAUGCGGGAGUAUAGGAGUGGCGUUCUUUUCGCUUACCAGAGCCUUGAAGGAAGCGGAGACGACGAGGAGAAGGAGAAGCGCUCCCUACGGAAGAAGCAGACCCGUUUGGCCACGAAGUUGAUCGAGGGGCUCCACGGGGAGGCCUGGAGAGCCUGCCAGGAGCUGGUUGCCGAACCGGAGUCUCUGAAGGCAACCGAUGGAUACAAGAAGGUCUUCGCCUGCCUGCAGCAGAUCGGGAAGGUGUCAGUGAUCAAGGCGACUGAGGCCAUUGACACGUACUUGGAGAAGUGCUCCAGGAAAAAGGACGACAACGCGGAAGGCAAGCCUGAUGAGGAGAUGCGAGGCCCGCGAUGGGACGGCAACUUAGUCCGAUUGUGGACGAUCCCGAGUCCCGAGGCCGAGGCCAACGAACGGGAGGACAAGGCACGCGAGCACUACACGAGCAACCGCGACUACUACUACGUGCUGGCGGUCUCCGAGAGCAACUUCCUUUUCAGGCGGAAGGAGAUCCGUCUAGACGACCUCAACCACGAGCAGCGGCGCCUCUUCACUGCGCCGGGAGGUUCCGCUGAGAAGGAGUGGAAGGCCUGGCUGAGCCAGGGUGCUUGUGAUAUGCUCAGUUUGGAGAAAAGCCGGGACAUUGGCAAGAACAAGGCCGACCUCAUCAUCCCAACGCGCUGGGUGAGAACGAACAAGAAUGACAGCAUUUACGGCGCCGACUUCCUCGCGAAGAGUCGUUUGGUGGUCCAAGGGUUUAAGGACAUCAAGAAUGCCUACUUCAGUGGCAAGAGCAUGACGAGGCAGAUUUACCUCGAGCCUCCAAGAGGAGGUCUACCUGGAGUCUACCUGGAGUUCAGGGGCCAGCUGCUACAGAGCACCUACCCUGACUACUUGGAGCGCGCCUUCAAGAAGUCCGCUGCCGCCCUGGAGUUUGCCACCAACCACUACCGGGACUUUAUCUUCCGGGGCAGGGAAAUGAAGCAGCGCGCGGUGCCCGAGAAGCGCGACCGCCGGCAGUACCUGGAGGAGCCCCUGGAGCCGGAGGAAAUGGAGCUGUACCAGAGCUCGGCCGGAGAACUAGGUUGGCUGGCCCGACAGCUACGCUGCGAUUUGGCGUGCCAGAAUGGCGUGGCAAAACGCGCCACACAAGAUGCCCGAGGAGCCGACUUUCAUAUGCGGAUUUGGUCCGAUGCUUCCUUGACGGACAGCGUGGUGGUGCACCUUCUGACCAGGCCACGCCAACGGACACCCGAGCAUGACGAGACCAUGUGCUACCGCAGUGUUGGUGGGUACUCUAUCCUGCUGGCCAACAAGGGCAUCCUGGCUUCGCAUUUAGCGGAGGCCGUGGAGGCCGGGGACUGGAUCAUGGUGGUCUUGGAGGGGGCCCUCACCGGCAAGGUGGAUUUGAGAAACUGGCCGGAGGUGAUCCAGCAGCGGCAGAGCGUGUACGCCGCUGAUGCCAGGUCCGUCUUCGACUACUUACAGAAGCCCGGUGCGCAUGUUCGAUGGAUCGAUGGCAUGCAGAAUAUGAGCGACGUGCUCACCAAGCUCGCCGCGGACCGUGAGGUGAUGAAGGAGUUCCUGCGGACAGGUAUGAUCGGCCUCACUCAGAGUGACGCCAACGUGCAGUUGAAGGAGAAGAAGCAGGCCGAACGAGCAAGGCGAAAGGUUGCCAAGACGGCCGACGACACAGCCAAGAAGCUGCAACGGCUACAGAAGCUGGAGGAGUGUGAGAUCUCCCUGAGUGCAACAGCUGCCGAAUCGCCGAUCAGCCGGCCCAAGCACGAGAGACGGUGCGCAUGA